GCCAUCAUCACCAUCUCUUGCGAGGCGCAAGUCUGCCUCAGGCCCUCACCAUGGCUCUCCCAGAGCUCGCCGUUCUUUGCCUUUUCGUCCUUCCCGCUACCGCGAUGCCCAUCAACAUGCGUUCCCCUACUGGCACGGCUUGCCUGGCAGUCUUCCUCGCUCUUUUCCUCCUCCUCACCUUUCUAUUCAUCUUCAAGCUCCUAUACAAAUCCCGCCGUUGCCGACCUCUAUCUGAUUGCGGUAGCCACACAGUCAGCGAGAAGACGGACUGGUCGGCGUCGACCAUUCGGCCCUUCGAGAACACCAACUCUCACUGGACGGACGAUAUCCAGAAGAAAGGCUUCCUCGUCGGUCUUUUCGGGUCUCCUUCCUGGGAAACCAGCGCCAAAGCGAUCGAGGACCGCGCCCGCAUCUUCUGCCGCUCGUUCGACAAUCGCUCUUUGCGCUCCUCCCGCCGAUCGACCCGCUAUGGCAGCAGUAUUCGGACGAACGAGAAGUACCCUCACGACGAACUCGAGAAACGCCGCUCGCUCGGAAAUGUCUUUGACCACCGCGCCCUCUACACGAUCAGCCCCAAGUCGCCGUCUGGCUUCGCUCACGCCGUGCAACUGCCUGUCUUCCCGACCCGCCCUAAGAAUCCCUCCCCCGUGUCACGCUCUUCCAGGAUGUUCACCCUGCCGAAUCUCUCGUUCCCGAAGUCGACGACAGAUCCAAGCGACGCGAUCGGCCAUCGGCAGCGCCGCUCGCGCCUGAGCUGGAAGAGCUGGAAGUCCGGCUCCUCGGCGUCUGGCGGUGCCUCGCUAAGACUGGUCGAUGCUAAAGACGUUCCGGAUCUGCCUCUGCCUCUCUCGCCUGAUCUGGACAAGCGGCAGUCCGUCGCUACGCAGUGGUCGACGGAAUCGCGGCCUAGGUACUCGCGCUACAGCCUGACCACGCCGAAGAUUCCUAUGCCGUCCGCCGUCGCUUCGCCUCUUUUCAGCCCCACUCCCUCGGGUGUCGACGAAUUCGGACAGCGUCUCUCUGCCAUGUACAUCUCGCAUCCCUACGCUCUCACUUCGUGCCUCAAACGAAACUCGAGCGAGCCCGUUCCUGCGCCUACAAGCCUCGCCCCACACUCGCCUCAAUGCCGCAGUCCGUCUAUCCCGAACCAUCCGUACUCGUCUCUCGAUGCUGUCGUGUCCGCUCAAAGCAACAUACCCGCUGCGAAGUCACGCUCUCCGCCUACUACGCCCGAUCUGUCGUCCUUCCCCUCGCCGCCUUUGUCUGUUGUGCCGACGCCGAAACUCAAGUCUGCCCUCAAGAAACGCAACCCGAGCACAAGGUCUAGUCGACGCCAGUCACCUGUUGGUCCGUCUCCGCUUCGUAUCGUGACGCUGCCUGAUUCGGAGUCUGGAGGUCGCAUUGUCAAUGGUGCGACGGCGGAUGGCAUGCCACCGAUGGAGAACCUCUACGCGCAGUCGCUCUACGCUGGUCUUCCCUUUCUGAACGCUCAGCCGUACGAUGGCGUUGGCCUUGGACAUCCCUCGUCGUCAAAGGGCUACGCGCAUAGCCGGGCGAGCAGCGUGGCGACUCGCGAUGACCCCGCGGCCCUACUGGGCAUCAUUCGCGAGCUCGCAGACGAGGCGAGUGCUUGGGACCCAGAGCUCUUCAUGAGCACGAGCUUCCGUGCGAUGCUGGAGGAGACGAGCAAGGAGGCCAUCCCCGUGGACCGCUCGGCGGAGAUGGAUUUGGCGAUGCUGGGGAUAGAGAUCAUCAGGGAGGAAGAAGAAGAGCUCAUGGAGCCCGAUUCGAGUGGCUCGGAUCAGACGAUGGGGUCCAGCGGGAAUGGCCAGGCGUCGUUUUGGGAGGAGGGCGGGUGGUCGGGCAGUAGUGGAAGUCCCAGCCCUGUCGUUGAAGUCGGACAAGCGUGCUAAACCCUUGCGAAACCUUUUGUAUACCCCGUCUUUUCAUCGUGCUAGCUCUCGUCCAUCCGUCUUUAUUUACUCGCUCUCCAGUGACUAUACGCUCAUCAUGCUCUAUCGACGUCCCUUUUGUGUCACUGUCUGGUUCUAAAGUUCCGGCUUGACUUAUCCUACUAGUACUACUACUAUAUGUACCUAUCUUCGUACAGAGUCGGUGUAUGGAAUCGUGUAAUUCAGUGACCUGAUCUGCUU